GGCGGGGCCUGCGCGCAGGGGCGGGGGCGGGGCCGGUGGGCACAGAUGGCGACCGCGCUGGGCGCCUGAGCGGGCCGGGGCCAUGAGCGCCGCCCGGCCCCAGUUCAGCAUCGAUGACGCCUUCGAGCUGUCCCUGGAGGACGCGGGCCCUGGGCCCGAGUCCAGCGGGAUCGCCCGCUUCGGGCCGCUGCAUUUCGAGCGCCGGGCCCGGUUCGAGGUGGCCGACGAGGACAAGCAGUCCCGGCUGCGCUACCAGAACCUGGAGAACGAUGAGGAUGGAGCCCAGGCCUCUCCGGAGCCGGAUGGGGGAGUCAGCACCAGGGAUUCUGGCCGAACAUCCAUCCGCAGCUCCCAGUGGUCCUUUAGCACCAUCAGCAGCAGCACUCAGCGCUCCUACAAUGCCUGCUGCAGUGCUGAUCCUGACCGGCGUGGGACUGGAGGUGGCCCCCUCGCCAGGUGUCGCCAGCGCCAUCUUCUUCGUGCCGGGCUUCCUGUUACUGGUCCCGGGAGUCUACCACGUGAUCUUCAUCUACUGCGCCGUGAAGGGUCACCGCGGCUUCCAGUUCUUCUACCUGCCCUACUUCGAGAAGUGAGCACGCGGCGGCGCGGACGGCGGGAUCCAGCGUCGGCGCCGAGAGGCCACGUACGGCCUCCUCGCGUCCCUAGGGGGCGCUCCUGGGGCCCGCGCCCCGCUUCGGUUCCCUCAUCUCAAGGGAAAAGCCCCUCCGGGACCCUCGAGCCCCCAGUUCCCUUGGGUGUUUGUUCAGGAAGUUUGGGGCACGUGGGCCUUGGGCCACUGCCUGGGCCUGAGAAAGUCGCCCCUUCCCUGCUCUGUGCCUUAACUUAUUCUCGGGCCCUGGGGCUGCGGGGUUGGUGGUGUUUUGUGCUAAUAAAAAGGGGUGCUGAAUUCCAGCCCACAAUUGCUUUUUGCUUCCCACUAGCCCUGAUCAGCACCCCCAGCCUGGCCACAGCCCCUUCCCGGAAAGGCUGAGAAAAUGACUCACCGUAGGCUGGAGGGCUCUAGGACUGUUCAUCUCCCCAUGGUACACGUGACAGUUGUGAUGCCCCAAGACGUGCCCAAGGUCACGCAGCACGUUAGGGGCAGAGCUGGGCCUGGGGCUCUCCCAGACUUUGCCAGAAUCCUUCCUGCCCUGUCUCCACUCAGGGGCAGCGUUGGUGCCUCCCCUGGUGGCCCUAGCCAAGGGCACUCAGAUGACACAGGCCUGGGGCCUGGAGGCUGGUAUCCUGGUUCCAGCCUGGCUCUGGGGCCCUGGGCUGCCACAGCCAGCUCCAAAUAUGGGCCAGCAGGAGGCAGCAGCCCAGCCUCCUCCACCCACUGCCCUACUUCCCAGGCCCAGGGGUUGGGAGACAUAGAGUGCAAAGGACAUAGGAGGCAGGGCCUGUAUGACAGAAAACCUCAGUGAUCAAAGACACUUAGAAUCACAGAACAUUGGAAACAGACCAUCGAAGAAUUUUGGAAGGUCCAAGCACCUCAGGAUCUCAAUAACCAGGAAACAGAAUCUUUGAGAACCCUGACAUCUGAGAUCAUAAUAGCUACCAUUUAUUAAACUUAGAAGGCACCAGGUCUUAUGCUAAGCACUUAACACAGGUUAUUUCUGGUCAUCCUCCAAGGGAACUGAGGCCCAGAGAGACUGGCUUGGCCAAGGGAGGAGUUAGGAACAUAACCCAGGGCUUCUGUGACACGGUGGGGAGGGGGUGGGGGUGGCAGUCAGCAAGCUGGGCUGGUCCCCAGCUGACCAACUGAGGGACUGACCAAAUGAGUGUGGGUGGACGAGACCUUGUUCAUAUACUUACAUGUUUACAGUCUGCCUCCCCCAGUAAUACAUGAGUGCCGUUAAGAAGGUAUUUGGUCUGGCCUGGCCUCCCGUGUGUCUGCAGCAGCCAGGACAGUGCCUCUAGAUUUCUGUGAUUUUGUUGAAAGAAUGAAUACCCAGGCCCCUGCUCUCACUCCUGAUGUCCAGGCCCAACCAGGCUUCCUACCCACAGCCACCAAUCAAGGCACUUUUGGGGGCACCAGUUAGAUGCAGGAACUCCUAAAUGACUGUCAAAUUAGCUAAAGGACCAGUUUUCAUUUCUAAUGCAACAUGGACCAAUACUUCUGUAAGAUAAAAUAAAAACUAGAACAGUGAAAUAAAAAAAAAAACAAAGAUACAGAAUAUAAGCCCACAGUUUGUAUUACCAGAUUAAUCAGACAUAAAAUUACAUUUCAAUAGAUACAAUCAGAACAUGGAAAAAAGAAAACAUGAAAACCACUCAUUGAAAGUGAGCAAAUUAGCAAUUAAUAUGGAGUUGCUACUAACCCAUAACUUUCUGUUACUUCACAAUCUUAACUGAACAGAAAGUGAUCCCAGAAGUGGUGACUUUCCUUAUUAUAAGACUAUCUUAGGGGUCAGCAAGCUGUACCCCACAGGCCCAACAUAG